AUUAUAGCGUCGGCAGCGCAUUGAGGGUUAUGCGAGAAGCAAGUGGUUGAAAUGGAGAAAGAAGAAGACGACCCACCUGUCGCAGUUGAAAUCGACCAAUCUGCCCAACAAUCUUACUCCCACCCACAAUCCGAUUCAAAACGACCUCAAACUGAUGACGUUCCGGUUGGGGUGACCGUAAUCACGGGUUAUCUCGGUGCCGGCAAAUCCACUCUUUUUGUCUGGUUGAAGAAGAAUAUGAGGCUUGUCAACCAUAUCUUGAAUUCUCAACAUGGAAAGAGGAUUGCUGUCAUUUUGAACGAGUUUGGGGAAGAGAUUGGAGUUGAAAGGGCAAUGAUAAAUGAAGGAGAAGGCGGUGCACUUGUUGAAGAAUGGGUUGAGCUGGCAAAUGGGUGUAUUUGUUGCACGGUUAAGCAUAGUUUAGUUCAAGCACUGGAGCAACUUGUACAGAUGAAGGAAAGUAGACUUGAUCAUAUAAUAAUCGAGACCACAGGGUUAGCAAAUCCUGCUCCUCUUGCUUCUGUUCUUUGGUUGGAUGAUCAGCUGGAAUCGUCUGUUAAGCUUGAUUCUAUAAUCACUUUUUUGUUUUUCCAGCUUUUCUUGGUAUCCAAUUGUUGUGAUCAUUCUGAGCAGCCAAUCACUUUAUCAUGUUGGCAGUAUUCUAAAGCAAUUUUUGAUGUUGUGGAUGCCAAAAAUCUUCGUUUUCAGCUCAACAAGCAUCGCGAUUCUUCUUCAUUUCCUGAAGCUUUUCUUCAAAUAGCUUUUGCGGAUGUUGUUAUUCUUAACAAGGUUGAUUUGGUUUCUUCAGAAGGUUCUGUGAUCUUGGAGGAAUUGGAGAAGGAGAUACAUAACAUUAACUCGCUUGCCAACAUCAUUCAUUCUGUUAGGUGUGAAGUUGACUUGUCUAAAAUAUUGAACUGUGGAGCAUAUGAUGCAACUCAUAUUACUCAUUUGGAAGUACUGUUGGAAGAAAGCAAGUCCCUGUCUACCAGGGAUCUUCAUGAUGGUGGUGUGCGAACUGUUUGCAUUUGUGAUUCACAGCAGGUUGAUCUUGAUAAGGUUCGUUUAUGGCUUGAGGAAAUUCUAUGGGAUAAGAAAGAUGGCAUGGACGUAUACCGAUGCAAAGGGGUUCUAAGGGUUCAAAACUCUGAUGAACUACAUACCUUGCAGGCUGUGAGGGAGAUAUAUGAUAUUGUUCCAGCUCGCAAAUGGAAAGGAUCAGAAACUCAAAUGAACAAGAUAGUUUUUAUAGGCCAUAAUCUAAAUGAGGACAUCCUUUUUGAUUCAUUUAGAGGUUGUGCAAUGACAACUUAGCUCUUUAACCUUCUGAAUUUGCAAAUAGACUAUUGUAGUGGGUUCUAAAGAUUGCUUGCAGGUUAAACUUAAAACUUUAGAAUUUGUUUUAUAUGUUUAUUCUAGAUUUUGUGGUCCAUCAGAUAAACUACAUAAAUAUGGGUAAUUAUUCUCUUUUA